ACAGGGAGCAGGAGGAGAGAUGGCCACACCCCCAAAGUGGGAAAAAAAGCUUGUGCUCGCUUUAGUGAAUCAAGCAGCAGCAGUGACACAGAUGAAAUGAGCGAUGAAGAUGAGGAAGACGCCCCUGACAUCCCAGCUUGCACUCCUCUGGCCGCUUUUCUAUCUUUCAAGCAGGAUGCUGAGAAGAGAAGAGCUUCCCAGGUUCAGCUCGAAACAACAGGAAAGUUGGCAGAGUCUCCCCUGGUGGCAGUGAUGUCCCACUUGCUGAGUUUUCUGGAGCAGUACUCCCAUUUCCAGCAACUGCAGCAGCAGGCUGACCAGUACCGGGUCCAGCUGAAGAGGCACCGAGUCCAGCACCGCCGCCAGAUGAAGGCUCUCCGAGCCUCCUACCGCCAGCGUCUCCGGGACAAGAACAGCAUCAUCAGCAGUCUGGAAGAGGCCAUCAGCCAGCAACAGUGCCCCAGUCCACUGAGCGAGGGUGAGUCUAGUAGUGAUGAAGGGGCACAAGCUGGGGUUCACAGGCUGGUGCAGUCCCUGCACGGCCUGCAGGGUGAGAGGAGUAGGCUGAGAGGAGAACUCCGUCUGCUGCACUCCCAGCUGGAGCAGAAGGAAAGGGACAGACACUCUCGAAUACAAACCUUUCAACAGCAGAUUGAUGAGCUGAAGAGCUGCAUCGAGGAGCGUGAGGAGGAGCUGUCAAGACUGAGAACAGCCACUGGGGCCACAGACUCGGAGAAGCGGGUCCUGUGUCUGUCAGCAGAGAAUGAGAGUCUGAAACAGAGCCUGAGCGUAACUCAAGGCCUCCUGCAGCAGCUCUCAACCAUCCCCUCCCAGUCGAGCACCAUGCUCAUCAAGGAAAAUGAGAACCUCCGUGGCAGAGUGCAGCAGCUGGAGCUCUCCCUACAGCAGCGUGCUGAGCAGCUGUCGCAAAUGGAGCGACGGAGUGAACAAAGCGAGUGGAGAAGAGGCGAGGAGCUGAGGAAGAGAGAGGACAGAGUGAGAGACCUACAGCUGGAGUUGGAUAGAGAGCGAGGCAAGGAGCCCGUUAUUAAGUAUGUCACGCAGACCGUGGAGGUGGAAUCUCCAGCCACAGUAAAGCAGCUAACCAAAGCCAGACAGAGGAAUGAGUUGUUGUCCGAAAGGCUGUCCGGUCAGAAUGAGCGGUGCAAACAGCUGGAGGAACAGAUCAGGAAGUCAGACGAAUACAGCUGUAAUCUGCAACACAAGAUUGCGGCGUAUGAACAAGAAAUCAGUAAACUGAAAGAGGAGCUGCUGAAAGAGAUCGGCCACUUGGAGGAGAGGAAGGAGGAGGCUGUGAAGGCUGCUGCAAACUGCUCAGCAGAACACUUUCAGAACCUGCAGGACCAAUUCUUCAGCUUGCAGAAGCGUCUGACAUCACUUCCUCCAACUUUACGCUCUAUGAAGACAGACUACGCCAGCCUGAGGAGCCAAGUUCGAAAUUUCUCAGAGUUUUAUGGAGCAGCUAUCAGCGAAGCAAAAAAACAGAUUUCAGCUGCUAUUAGUGAGAUGUCUGAAGCCAACAAAGAUCUCCUGGAGAAAUACAGGAAAGAAGUCGCACUGCGCAGGAAGUAUCACGAGCAGCUGGUGGAGCUUAAAGGCAACAUUCGCGUGCUGUGUCGCGUGAAGCCAGUGCUAAAGGAGGACCAGCACGGAGAGGACCACUCGGUGGUCGUGACGACGGACCCCAACAACGAGUCCUCGCUCUCGGUGCUGAGCAAAGGAAAGGCUCGCAUCUUUGAAAUGGACAAAAUCUUCCACCCACAGUCCACACAGGAAGAGGUCUUCCAGGAGAUUGAACCUCUUGUGACGUCCUGCAUCGAUGGAUACCACGUCUGCAUAUUUGCUUACGGACAGACGGGCUCUGGAAAAACCUACACUAUGGAGGGUACUGUGGAAAACCCAGGUAUCAACCAGCGAGCACUGAAACAUCUCUUCAGUGAGAUUGAGGAGAGGAAGGACAUGUGGUCUUACAGUGUCACAGUCAGCUCUGUGGAGAUCUACAAUGAGGUGCUAAGAGACCUGCUGAGUAAAGAUGGAGAGAAACUGGACAUAAAGAUCAACCCGGAUGGAACAGGACAGCUGCACGUGCCGGGCCUCAGGGUCAUCGAAGUAAAGAGCUUUCAGCACAUCAAAAAGAUUCUAGCAACAGCCCGAAGGAACCGGAUUACCUUUGGCACUCAGAUGAACCAGCACAGCUCCCGCUCCCAUGCCCUGCUUUGUAUCACUGUUCAGGGCACUGACCUCGCCACUGGUUCCAAAACCACAGGCAAGUUGAACCUGGUGGACCUGGCUGGCUCGGAGAGGGUGUGGAAGUCCGGUGCAGAGGGAGAGAGGCUGAAAGAGGCCCAGAAUAUUAACCGCUCUUUGCUAGCACUGGGAGACGUAAUUCAGGCACUUAGGGCUCGGCAGACACACAUCCCCUUCAGGAACUCCCGUCUUACUUAUUUAUUGCAAGACUCCCUGGGAAAGGGCAGCAAGACUGUCAUGGUUGUGCAGGUUUCUGCUCUGGAGAGUAAUGUGGGAGAGACCUUGUGCUCGCUGAAGUUUGCUCAGAGGGUGUGCAAGGUGGAACUGGGUCCUGCUGCCAGGAAGAUUGAAUCGGGUGGAGGACAGUGUGACUGACAGCCUUGAACCACUAGCAAUGAAUGAAUCAGUCAGUACCAGCAAAUGAAAACUCCACACUAUCAACAAGAUUACGAGCAAUCGUGCUCAAGGGCUAAAUCUGCAGGCGUCUACUUGGCACCAAAUGCCAGCCUGCAAUCAAGGUUAAGUAUUGAGGAUUUUAUUCUCCGCUUUGCCAUUUUCUGCUUCUGUUCCCUUUAUUAUUAUUAAAAUCUGCAUGCAGGCGUAUUUAUUCUUCCACUCCGAGUGCCAAAACAUCAUCUAACUCGUCCCACUGUCAGAACUUUGAUGCUUCCUCUGAUCACUCUAGCUCAGUUUCUUAAAUGCAAAAAUCCAGGAUCUGUCGUUUCCUGUGAUCAUCAGUGUUUAGAGCUACAAACCUGCUCAUACAGGUUUGAUAAGUUUCCAGAGCCACAAUAUCAGCACUUCACUUUUUGCAGUAUUAGUCAUUCUGCUAUAAAUGUCUGUAGUUUGUAGGCUUCGUCGCCAGUGUGGUAUAUUUUUGAAGGUUGUAGUGUGUAGGAGAGUCUAUAAUGGGCUAUUAUUCAUAUCAAUGACAUUUAUGUCACAUGUUUGUGUAGUUUUUUUGUGUGAGUUUCAGAUGAGCAGUGACUGAAUUUCUUUUUAGAUCUUUGAUAAGAGUUUUGUGUAAAGAGGGAAGCUGUUGGAGGGAGCAGGUGGCCUUGUAUUAGACUGGUAAAAUAAUCAGCUGUGCAAUAUCCUCCUUCUCGAGGACAGUUUGGGCCUAUUGAAAUCAAAGAUGCACUUUAUUGUGAAAGGAUAGGAGCAUUUCAGUUCAGGUCCGUGCAGUAGUGAAUGUCAUACCAAAAAUACAGCUUAUUGUUCAUAACUGUUUGUCAUGUUAUCACCCACUGAUUUAAAACUAACUUUUGAGUCAAAUGUAGCAAGACAUUAGUGUUGCAGUAACUACCAUGAGUGCUUAGGUGUCACUAAAUGAUGCUUUUCAGAACAUUUUCUGAAUAAAUGUGUGUUUAAGUGUU